ACCAACUCUAGUGGUCGCCCGUUGUUAAAUGGCAUUUCAAAACUCCUCCGCUGCAUCCCUAUUGUUCACUGAUCCUCUCAGGAGCACGCCAACAACUGCCAAUCUUAUCCAAUCUACACUAGUAGUAUGGGGCUCACAACUGGUUUUCUUUGGUGUGGGUUGGGUGUUUGUUAUGGAGAAGUUGUUCAAGGACUAUGAGGUCAGGAAUGGUCUCGUUCGGAUAGUCUUUGCAGCAACGUUUGCCGCGAGCUGCACGUUAUUUGAGAUGAUAAUCUUUGAAAUUGGGGGCGUACUGGACGCGAGUUCCCGAUGGUUACAUUGGAAGAUUACCCUCUAUGUCAUGCUAGUCAACGUAAUUGCCCUUUUGCCCUUCUAUCAAUUCUACAUUUGCUUUGCCGAACGAGAAAGUGUAUGGCUUCGAAGUAAUAGAUGGGCUUUGGCUACUUGCUGCUGGAUAGUAUAUCUCUACUUGUUUUGGAAAAUAGGAGACCAAUUUCCCAUCAAUACUGCCCAAGAUCGCGCUGCGAGCAGCAUUUUUUUUGGAAUUGAGCCAGGGAUGGGGCGAGUUGGAGUCAUAGGCGUGACUAUAAUGGCCAUCCUGUCAGGAUUUGGCGCUGUCAAUUCUCCGUAUACCACGCUAUCCUUCUUUCUACGUCAGGUUACAGACACGGACGUAAUCUCAGCAGAAAAGAAGCUUCUCCAGACGAUGGACAUGGUCUUGAGCAAGAAGAAGAAGAUCCUUCUCGCUCAACGACGACAGCAGGCUAUGGGGGAGCAACACAUCGUGGGCGUUGGUGGAUUCAUGAGGAACAUGUUCAAUAAAGUUACUGGGGGAUUUGGUCUGGGUAAUGAAAAUAUCGGCAUUUUGGCUCACGAAAUCAAAGCGCUUGAAACAGUUAUGCAGCAAUUAUUUAUGGAUCUCGAUGAUCUUAACUCUGAACGGGAACGCAUCAAAUAUUCUAAAACCUUCAAAGGGCACUAUUUUAAUAUUCUGGGAUACAUAUUCUCUGCAUAUUGUUUGUGGAAAGUGUUUACGUCAACACUGAACAUUGUAUUCAACCGUGUGGGGGGAACCGACCCAGUGACACAUGGAUUGAAUCUAUUGGUACAUCACGUUGGAAUUGAGGUGGACGUGACCUUCUGGGCUCCUCAGCUAUCAUUUGUAUUUGUUGGAGUGCUUGUGGUGUGCUCCAUCCGCGGAUUGCUCAUUCAGUUUAUGAAGUUCUUCCGUGCAUUCUCAUCCUCCCUAUCACCCAACAACAUUGUGCUUUUCUUGGCACACGUAAUGGGAAUGUAUUUUCUGAGUACUGUGCUGAUGAUGCGAAUGAGUGUUCCUCCCCAAUACCGGACAAUCAUCACGAAUGUCCUCGGAAGAAUUGAAUUCAACUUUUACCACCGAUGGUUUGACGUUAUAUUUUUGGUUAGUGCUAUCGCAAGUGGUGGAUUCAUUAUGAUCCUUACACAACUGCAGAAGCAGCGAGAUCUUGAUAAUGCUAUAUGGGCUGGUGGCGGACCAAGUGCCGGUGGACGAGGGGUGUUAGGGAAAACGAAGCCCUUGUAUGAUUGACAGGUCACCUUCCGAGAUGAUGAAAGACUCCCAUUUUCUGUAGCUGGAGACGGAAGAGUCGGGUAUUAAACACGGUCUUGAUUUAGCUCUGGGUGAAACGAAUGAAGUUGCGCUUCUGCACCAAGAUAGUCCCUUGUAUAGACGUGACGUAUGGCGUAGCGUAUGUUGAAUAUAUAGGAAUCACGCAAUAACAACCGU